GUUAUGUGUUCUGGCUUGCUUCUGUCCUAUGACUACUUAGCAAAACUAGCUACAUUACUUAGGAAAAUUAUUAGUUCUACUUUCUGUACAGCUCACAGAAUAUAGUCAGGUUAUUUUCUAUGAUCAAACUGCUGCUUAUUACUUAUUUCCUCAUUCUUCUCUUUGUACUGUUAUCACGCUUUUUAAAAUAAAAAGGACAAUGUCAAAUUUUACUCUUUGUUAAUUAAUGUUAUUAAGGCUGAAUUUUCAACACCUCCUUGUUCCCAAAUUCAAAUCAUUGCUUCUGUAAGUUUAUAUUUUAUGAUAAUAUCAAAUCCUGAAGAGGAAAAACUUCACUAAUAAUAUCAAGAUACUUAUAACUGAAGUACUACUGAGACGAGCCAGUGGUUAAGGUGCUUCUCGUCUAAAACCAGCAAAUAAUUCACUGCUAGUAACCACUAGGGAGCACCGCGGCUGCACUUUUUCAGAGCUGUCGGAAACCAGUUUGUUUAUUGGAUAAGGAGAACCGGCAAAUACAGCAAUUACACAGAUCUAUCCUGAUCCUUUGCACCCAGAUAUCAAUUCCUGGGGUAGCAGGUAAGAGAGAAGCCAACAGGCAACCCAGGGACUUCAAACAAAAUUGUGAAAAAAUUAUUUUUGACAACAAAAGCCUCAUCGUGUGCAAACUGCUGAUCCUAGAAUUCUAGACCAGUGGGCUUCUGGGCAAUUUCUGUUCUUUGCCUGUUAGGUUCUCCACAGCAACACUUCUGGCGUGACUUUUUUUAGCUCUAGGCAAAACCAAAAAGUAUGCACAUCCCUGACGAACAACCAUCUCAUUCAAAGAGUUAUGAAGGGCCAGAUUUAGUUCAGCACAAAACACAAGCACUGUUUGCUUGAACCAACGGCAGUUUAUGAGUGCAACUGCACAACUGUCUGUGUAUAUCGACAUACACCAGGUAACCAUCUGCUGUGGGGACUACAAUCUUUCCAGCCCACUCUCCUGCCUAGUCCGGCUCCUGCUCUUUGUUGCCUAAACGUCUGAAUUCAUUUCUGAGAAUAUUGGAAUACAUUUCUUACCCAGCCCAAGAAAGAAUAUAACCUUGAACAAAAGCUUUUUUUUAUUGAAGAUGUGAAAACAGCUCCUUCCUCCAGCAGUAUUUUUAGUACCAGUGACAGCUAUAGCUGACACGCAUAUCACACUCCCAUGAAAUCUCACACUUUAAGACUUUUUGGAAAUAAUUCAAAUGUGUGAGUUUGCUACAAUAGCAAGCUUUAGGAUCUGAAUUUAUGCCAUCUGACAGCCAGAGUUUUUCAGCCUCUCAGUGCAGAGCUGCAUUUCUUAUCAUGUACAGAACUUCAGUUGAAAAAUAUCAGUUUAUAAACACAGUAAACUUUUACUUCAGUAUUUACUGGAUUUCUUGAAAUACCUGCCUGCACAUUUCCCCCCCAUUAUUCCAAAGCUCUUAUUUUAGUUAACAUGGAAAUUUACACUUUCUGAGAAACUGAACUUUCUCCUAACAUCUGCUUUAUUUUCUGUUCUGAAUCUGGACUAUCAAGUAAAGAUAAAAAUCCUCUUUCCUGCUGAAAUACAAAGGAUCAUCAAUUCAGCCAUAGCCUGCUACUGCCUACCCAGUGGCUCAUAAUGGCUGAUAAAUAGACCUAUACUUCGUACAAAUUUCUUCUCUUUAAUGCCAAAGAUCUUUAACGAUAACUAGGAGUAAAAUCCACAGUUAAAUCACACCACUAGUUUAGACAUGACAUAUUCACAUACAGACAUUUCUUCAGACUCCUUUGUGGUAGUUGAUCAAGUCACUGCACAUUAUUUUAUGACAUAUACAGCUUUUUUAAAGGAAGUUCAUUUUACACAUAAGUAAAGAGGUUAAUUUGAUCAAGGCUACAUAGAAAGUCCAUUUCUAAGCUGGAAAUAGAACCGGGAUCUGGGUGUCCGUUCUGCUUUUACGUGAGACAUGAAGAAAAGAAUGUUUAGUCUUGAAACCAUCUUUUCCUUUUGGAUAUACAAAUACAUAAAUAUCUGAGCCAUACAGGGUGCUCUCUUCCUAUUAUGCUGAGCUCAGAAGAAUUGAAGCUUGUUAUUGUACAGAUGAGAUUAGAUUCAAGUCACUAAUCCAGAUAAUCACAAUCAUCUUUGGUGGAGUUUGGAGCUAUAUCAUGAUCAAGAGUAAAAGUGUAUGAUAAGCAAAUAGCUAACGUGAAAUGAACUAAAAGUCCAGUUCAAAUUUUGGAGACACCGAGAAGACUGAUGCAGACUUUCAAAGCCAUACAUUGUUAGCUCAUUGGACUACAACUCGACCCCAACCUUUGAUCACAUUUCAUAUUCUGAACGAAAAGAAACUACUUCCCUAUAUUUGCCUGCUACUAAGUAAUUACCUCGAAAAUACUGGAAAACAGUGUUGAGAUAUACAUUUAUAUACCUUACAUAAGGCUGAUGAAAAGCCCUACGCAUCAACUGACUUAUCAGUCCCUACGUGACAACUGACAAAUGGCACUAAUACUCACACCCAUAUAAACUUUAAGGGAAAAGCACGCUUACUGUUAUUGGCAAUUGUUCACUGGCACCCUCUUUUCAUUGAAACCAGGCUAGAUACUCCUGUUCUAGGUAAUCCUAGGGUUCAUUUUAGCAUGCAGUAAAGGAUGAAGUAAAUGCCACAGUUGCUGAUGCUUUUAAGAAAAUCCUACAUUUUUCUUCUAGUUUUCUUCAAACUGGAUCUUACAGGCUCAUACACUUCAGUUCUCUCCAAUAAUCAGCUCUCAAAGCCAUCCAGCACUUUAUGGAUCAGAGCCAUUACACAGAAAUUAAAAAGGAGUAAAGAGUAAAUUUUAAGAUUCAUAGUCCACUAGUACCUAAUCAGACAAACGGAUCUAUACUCACUGGAGACUUCUAAGUAUUCCUCUCAUGUUAAAUCUUCACAUUGAACAAGUUGUGUAUUAGCAGCAUCCAGCAGAUUCUCCUUGAACAAAACAGAAGCAGAAACUCAGCAAACAGGCAGUUGGAGUAGGACAAUAUCUAGCUCAAGUAGGACCUAAUCCUGCUGCAAUACAGCACCCAACUGCAACAAGUACUUUGAAAUUAUUUAUCCAAGAGCUAGCAUUACUUAGGCUCCAUUUAGCUCCUUGUUGCUAGGCCACCCAUGGUUAUACUACACUUGGCUUUACUGGCAUAGAAUUAUCUACUAUUUGAUAUAAAUUUGAGUAUAUUGGUUUAAAUGCUUAGUAAAACUUCACAAUAAGGGAUCUUGGGGCACUUAAAAUUAUUUAAGUGCCCAACCAUCUUUGCAAUCCAUCCCAAGAGAUAUACAAGAGUCAUACAGUGGAAAACAUACAUAAACACUGCCAAAUCAGCUCACAGCUACUGACAGAAACCAGUUAACCUACAUGGUUUUAACAGGGAUUCACCUCUCAAUUAUAUAUAAAAUAAUAUUUAUGUAUUAUGUUUUUGCUGGCACCAAGCCUUUAUGACUCCAUGGUACAGCUGAGUUCUACUGUCCUAGCUAAUUUUAGGCAGAGCAACUUGAAGACAAGCCACAAAACAAUAGGGUAGAUGAAUGUAACCCACAGCAAAAGCAUUAUUGUCCUCCUGAUCUUUGGAAUCUCAUUGCCCAUUACCAUCCUAAUACAGCUUGGUAUAAUCACCACAAACUGGCAUGAUGAGAAUGGCAGGACCAUAUAAGUUAAUAAUUUAUUUCCAUCAGUUCAUUUAAAGAUCAAACUUCCAAGUUAAUAAGUCUGGUGCAUUUUCAGUGUUCUGAACCUGGCACGGUGAAGAAAGCCACAAAGCCAAGAAUACACACCCUUAGCUUUCAUGCUUGACAUGCAACUGCUAUACAAAACCCCAAGGCUUUCAAUGCAUCAUCUAAACAAAAGUUGUAUUUUUGAAAACCACACAAGGAAGAGGUAGACUGGGGGAGGGAAAAGGUUGUAGAAUAUUCCAACAUAAAAAAAAAAAAAAAUCCAAACUAUAAAACCAGUUUUUAUUAGAAUUUUAGAAGGAAACCCAGCUUUUAUAGAGACUCAAACUCUGGUACAUGUAAGAAAGCUGAAGUCAGAUUUUAGUGUGUUAAUAGUCUUAAGUAACUCAUGCAAAUUGAGAGAAAUUAAAAAUACGGCUGCUUGUUCUAGCACUGACAUUCCAUCAGACCUCAGAGAACAGUUCUUUAUGCUGUCAGCUCUACACCACUGUAGAGACACCAGGAAACUCAUAAAUGUUGAUCACCUGCAGAGAUUCUUACUUAACUGACAGAUCUGUGGGGCUGAUCUGAACAGGAUCCUAAGGAUUCAUGCCCAGUGAAAAGAAAUGUUAAGGAAGGGGAGAAUGGGACAGAAAUGGAGAAUCAAACUUGGAUGUGAAAUUCAGGACCCAUGGUGAAAGGGUGUGGAGUUGGCUGGUUAGCCUGACUUCUAGACAGAUGGAAGAAUUACAAGCAGGGGAAGGCAAGCUGUAAGAUAAACUGACUGGAAAAGCACAUUUGAGAGAUAUUCCUGCUAGUUAAGGACUCGCUCUGGAAGAUCUUCCCUCUUUUCUAAGGUUCAGAAAAACUGCUGAAGUAUGUUUGAUGUAGAAAUCCAUGCUUAGCCUGCAGCAUGUUACUACUCUUGAGUUAUAUUUUCAGAGGAUAAGAAGAUGAACUAGAUUCAAAUUAGGGGAGUAAUCAGUAACAUUAGUUUUAUUUACAUAAACUUCAGUUUCAAUGAAUAAAAACUACUACCUUAAUGUUUCUUAAAUGAAAUAAACCAACAGGUUCUAGGAGAGAUUGCAAAACCUGUCUAAAAAGUAGAAAAGCUCUGUUGAAAUGCUCAAAAUAGAAGGUUAUUUCCUAUUCAUUAGAUUUUUUAUAUAUGCUUGGAAUAACGUAAAUUAUAAACAUUAUUUUAGGCCUUGAUUUUGUACUGGAUGCAACAGAAGCAGUUCAAAAGUUGCACUGCACCUCUGUCAGAAAGAACCCUGUGGCAAAGAUGGUAAAAAGAGUUAACAAUUUUGUUAAGCAACAAUAAAUUGGAUGAACCAUAACCAGGAACUAGGUAUUUUUGUUUAUGGAUAUGUAGUAAAUAAAUAAUAUAGAUUGACAAUGAUAACUACAAAGGUCAAGAUCCACUCCAAUGCAAUAAAAAGAGAGAAACUGACUCUAGCUGAAAUUCAUUUUGUCCGUUUUCUGAGCUGGCUGGAUAUGACACUUGGAGACACUGAGUUUGGAUUCUGCACCAUGCUAACAAAAUUACUCAUCUUCUAUUCUACAGCUGGCUGAUUUUUACCCAGUUUAAUUACAGGGGUCAGCAUGUGUAUACUUCCCUAAGUCAAAUGUUUUGCCUGUACCUGACAACACUCCAGCUCACAGAGUAUUUCAAUUUUAUCCUUCACAAAAACAUAAUAAUUCUGGAAUUCUAUUAUUUAUAAAGAGGCAGCGUUUUUUUCCCCAACCAAAAUUAUGCCUACUUCUUUGCAAAUUUUCUUUUAGAACUUUUAUGUAAGUCAAAGUGAUAAAAAGUGCCUGAAACUGCACGUAGGCACUACAUAAUAAGACCUAAAUGGCAGUGUUAAAUAGAUAUCUUGAGGUACUUCCCUCACCAACAUUAAGAGUGAACAGCCUGAACGCCUUCCCAUCUGUCAGGCUUCUUCACCCUGCAAGACAGGAAUAGAAGAGGCAGGAAAAGGAAAGAGCAGGUAGCCAGUACAGGAAGAAUGGCAUGAUCUGCUUUUUCCUAGCCUUAGAGAAGAAACAGCAUUUCUGAGAUGGAAGGCCAUGGCUUUGACAGCGGUUGGGGCAGUGGAAGACAAGAGGACAAGAUACAAAGAGGAAGAUACUACAGAGAUAGAAAAUAUCAAGGAAUUUUCUUAGUUUAAUUACUGCUUUCACUAGGCAGCCUAUUUUUACUACAACACAAAUACAGCAAAUAAAACGAAUGGAUGAGCAAUUUUUUGUUACAACAAGCAAUAAAGAUACUGUCAUGGUUUGGGGGCAAUAAGAGAUUCAGGAAGCACUGGGGUCACGAUUGAAAUCUGGCUAAACUACAAUAAACUCCUUGAAAAGAUCAGUGCAUCAGCUGAGCUUUAGUCAGCCACAUCACCCUGUAAAUUGCUUUCAAGAUAAGCCGGCAUAUAAAUUCUCUUUGCAAAGAUCUGUUAGUUUAGAACACUCCUCCUGCAAACAGAAAUAUGGCAUUCAAUGGUACCUGGAAAAUAGACAGAAAUGAAAACUAUGAAAAGUUCAUGGAGGCAAUGGGUGUUAACAUUAUGAAAAGAAAGUUAGGAGCGCAGGAUAAUCUGAAGAUCACUAUACAGCAAGACGGAAACAAAUUUACGAUCAAAGAAUCAAGCAACUUCCGUACUAUAGAACUUGAAUUCACUCUGGGAGUGAGCUUUGAAUACAGUCUGGCUGAUGGGACUGAACUUACUGGUUCAUGGAACAGCGAAGGAGAUAAACUCGUAGGAACAUUUACUAGAAAAGAUAAUGGAAAAGUACUCAAAGCACAGAGAGAAAUCGUAGGUGAUGAACUUGUUCAGACCUACACAUAUGAAGGAGUUGAAGCCAAGAGAAUCUUCAAAAGAGGCUAAGUCCUUCACUCAGAACAGCACCAGAACCAAAAACCAAUGAAAAAAAAAUACUAUUCUUCUACAUAUCCUGUUUUUUUU